AUGGCGGCUCCCAGGGAGGCUGAGAGUGAUUCCGAUAGCAGUAGCAGCGAUGCGGAGGAGCUAGCUCGAUGCCGUGAAGCGGCGAAGCCGGCCUGGGGCUUGGAGCAGCGCCCAAUGGGUCCGGAGAAUCCUAGAGCUGAUAGAAGGCUAUAUGCUGCCAGUAACCAGUUGCCUGCCACCAAACCAAGCCUCAGGCAUAAGGUGGAUGAGCAUGAACAAGAUGCCAAUGAGCUGCAGACCACCCCUGAAUUCCGAGCCCACGUAGCCAAGAAGCUGGGAGCCCUACUGGACAGCUCCAUUACUAUCUUAGAAGUGGAGAAAGAGCCAAGAAAGGCCAAGGUACAGAAAGCUGCCUCUGAGGAUGAUGGCUUCCGCCUUUUCUUCACGUCUAUCCCUGGCAGUCCCGAGAAGCAAGCCCCCUCACAGCCCCGCCGGAAGCGACCACCCUCCAGCUCCAGCAGCGAGGACAGCGAUGAGGAGUGGCAGAGGUGCCAGGAAGCUGCCGUGUCCGCCUCCGACAUCCUCCAGAAGUCUGCCAUCCACAGCCCCGUCGUGGUGGAAAAAGAGGUGAAAAAGAGGAAAAAGAAAGCCACAGACAAGACCCAUGCCAGCUCAGCCACCGCCACCGCCAGCAGGGCCUCGCUGCAAACGCACAAGAAGAUGCCAGCCACGCUCACUGGGGACUCAGCAUCACAUGGGACCAAAAAGAAGAAAAAGGCAAAAACCAGUGAGCCUGCCCACUUCCAGCCAUCAAAGAGCACAGCCACCGUGCUUGCCAACUGA